CGUCAAAUCGCGCCUUCAUCACUUUGCCGAAACGUCGCUGUUUCCCCGCGUUCGAGUCGUGAAGGACAACCCCCCAACCAUUUUCAAAAUGUCGUACCAGAAGCCCGAGAAGGAUCACGGCGAGGCCCCCAAGGCCCACAAGAUCCGCAUCACCCUGUCCUCGCGCAAGGUCAACAUCCUCGAGAAGGUCUGCUCCGAGAUCAUCGAGCGCGCCAAGAGCAAGGACCUGCGCGUCAAGGGCCCCGUCCGCCUGCCCACCCAGACCCUCAAGAUCACCACCCGCAAGACCCCUUGCGGUGAGGGCUCCAAGACCUGGGACUGCUACGAGAUGCGCAUCCACAAGCGUCUCAUCGACCUCAACGCCCCCACCGAGGUCGUCAAGCAGAUCAUUGUCAACAUCGACGCCGGUGUCGAGGUCGAGGUUACCAUUGCUGCUUAAGCGGUGGUGACUGCGGACGCCGCGGCCGGGCGCAAGCUGGCCGCGGAAGGGUGGAGGCCUGGACCAGACAGUCAAUACAACUGGUUACGC